GUUGGAGCAGUGAGGAACCAAUCCUCCCAGCCUGUCUACCCAUCAGAAAAUCCAAUCUCUAGUUGUACAGGGUGGAGUCCACACCCAGUGUGUUAAAGCUGUGGGAAUAGUGAUUGAGAUGGCAUCCUCCAUGGAUCUGUUGUGGUGGUAGGCAAAUUGGAGUGGGUCCAGUGAUCCUGGAAAACUGCCUUUGUUAAGGGCCAUGACAAACCUCUCUCAAAGCACUUCAUGAUGAUAGGGGCCCUCCUUGCUGACAGAAAACCAAAGAGAUGAAUUCCAUUUUUCUUCUGAGCUGCCUAAGCUCCACCUGGUUUCUCAUGGUGUACUCACACAUGGUAAUGGAGGACAAACUAUCCACCAAUAAUUCAUCUUCCUCAGGUCUACAGGAAGGGAGUGUGUCAGAUCCGCCACCCAUCGUCAUUGUAGAGUUAUCAAAAAGUGCAAAGAAGAAAAAAAACAAGAAACCAAGAAAGAACAAAUUCAGUGUAAAAAGCACACGUCCAACUCCUCCCCCCAACUGCGUGCCUUUGUGGGGUAGCUGCAAACCCCCUAAUAAUGGAUGCUGUGAGUACUGUGCCUUCUGCUACUGCCGUCUCUUCAAGACCGUGUGCUAUUGUCGAAUGGGAAACCCUCGGUGUUGAAGACAUGAAAGAGAAUGUCUUUAUUUCCUCAUCUUGUUGUUGCAGAAAUGACAACUUGUUCUGUAUUCAAGGUUUAAAAAGCCUUCUAAAGAUUGUAAUUUCCACUUCAGAUGUUGAAUAUCAGACAGGAAUGCAUCUACCCCUAAACAUCUUUUUCCAUUCAUUAUAAUCCACAUGACAAUUCACAUUUCCUCUCUCUGAAGGAUUAUUGUUCUGCUGUAGCAAACUGGUUUGUAUUAAAAUACAAAAUAUGUAUUCAUGAAGAGAGAACAUAUUGAAGGAUAUCAUACUGUCUUGUUUGACUCACUGCUGAUGAUAAUGUUAAAAACUAGUCAAGGUUAAACACCACAGCUUCUCUUGACUAUCAUUCAUCAAGUUUACAAAUACUUUGGAUAAACAUUUCUCUCCAAAAAGGUGAAUAGGCCAAAAGCUUAGCAAUUUUCUGAGACCAGAGGUAUAUUUCUGUUGUCUAUUCAUUGGUUUUUCUGAAGCAUUUCUCAUUGGUCAACCUAGCACAAUUAGCCACAAUGCUGAAGACGAUCAGCUGAAUUCUCAAUUUUCCAGUAACAGAUUGUCAGCUAAUGUUGCAUGUGAUCUAAGAAUAUUUCCACAAGUAUUCUCUAAUAGUCAAAGCAACUACAAAUAGGUAUGGGCAAUUAUUGCCUAUUCGGUCGGUAGGUUUUCAUCCUAUUUCUGACAGGUUGUCAUUUAAAAAAAAUCUGCAUAAAGAAAAUAUGCUAGUUUGUAGAUGAAAAGUGGUGAUGUGAUGUUAUGAAAAUAACUUAUUUGCUUACGAUUUCAUGUACUAAAUAAAUACAAAAAAGGCAUUGCAUUUUUUCUACUUAUAGUUUUGUCACAGAAACAGCUAUGUUUAAUAGAAAGUGACAAAUCAUAUCUCACCUUCAAUAACAACUUGCAGACAUGGCAAUGCCUUUUUUGGCUACCUUAGACAAUAUGAUUAGAUAAUGAUGAAUAAUUAGGUGUAGGAAUAUUUGUAUUGUUAAAGGUGCACACCAGUCAUGUAAUCACCCCAUUGAA